AUGGAUACUCCCGUUUCCAGCGCCGUAAUGGAGGAGCUUUAUGCCCAGGCCCUUGCCGAUCCCCAACUCCCUCGUGCCAACCCUACAACGGCAUUCUGGCAACUCCCCCCGCAUCCGUCCAUGUCCGAGAAGCAGUCGGUCAAGCUGCUCGCGACGACCGACUAUGCCAUCAUCGGCUCCGGCGUCACAGGUUGCAGCAUGGCCAAGACACUGCUUGACAAUACACCUUCUGCCUCAUCCUCGGUAACCGUCUUUGAGGCGCGAAAGCUGACGAGCGGCGCCACUGGUCGAAAUGGCGGCCUUCUCACCAAUUUCGUUCCCGGCCACUUCAAACAUCUCAUGGAUCGGUUCGGCCAAGAGCAGGCUGUCAAGAUUGCACGGUUUGCAAACAGGACGCUUGAGAAGAUGCACGCGCUAGCCAACUCGUCUGAGGAGUUCAAGGAAGCUAGUGUCGUGCGGAGAACCUUGGAUGUCAUUGCCUUUGAUGACGACCAGUCCUUCAAUGAUGAGAAGGAGGGCUUUAGGCUCUAUGAAGAAUAUGUCACGGAGGAGGCCGGCAAGACUCAAAUACUAACCGCCGAGGAACUUGCGACGAAAUACAACGUCAAGGCAAAUUCAGGAGCUAUUCUCUUUCCAAAUGGCGCAUUUUGGCCGUAUCGAUUGAUAACUAGAAUAUGGGCCCAGCUCCAAGAGCAAUAUGCGUCACGCCUCUCUAUCGAGACCAACACCCCAGUGUCGGAGGUUUCCUACGACCCAAGCAAUGCCACGCACCCUUACCUCCUGACCACACCACGUGGCGUCGUCCGCGCCUCCAAGAUUCUUCAUGCCACAAACGGCUACUCCGGGCACCUGCUGUCCGGCCUGCGCGGCAAGAUCUACCCGCUCCGCGGUACCAUGUCGACGCAGAAGCCGCCUGCGGCGUUUGGCAACCACGGCCGCGCCCUCACGUGGAGCCGGGUUGGCGGCGGCAGCUUUGACAUGGCCACCGGUGUCGUCGAGCUCGGUUUGUACUACUCUAAUCAGAAUCCGGACUCGGGCGACAUCUUCAUCGGCGGCGAGAAAACCAAGCUGAAUGAGGUUUUCAUUAGUGAUGACUCGGUAGUGGGCGCACCGUGCGAGGAGAAUAUUCGUACGAAGCUGCCCAAGUGCUACACCAAGGGCUGGGAAGAUGUGAGUGAGCACGAGGUAAAGAAAGUCUGGUCCGGCAUCAUGGGCUUCACGGGUGACCGGCUGCCGCUGGUGGGAAAGCUGCCAGCCGAGGCGACGAAUCGCGACGGCGGCGACGAGUGGAUUGCGGCGGGCUUCAACGGCUACGGCAUGCCUCUGUGCUGGUCCAGUGGAGAGGCUGUCGCCAAGAUGAUUUUGGGACAAGAGGUUGACGAUUUCUUGCCGGAGUCGUUUGUGAUUACCGAAGAGCGCCUGGGAAGUAAAUCAAUGUCGUUUGAGACGGCGAUCAACGGUUUACUUUCUGGGUACGUCUGA